UUUUAUUCUGAGUAGAAAAAAAGAUAAUGGCUGGUCUCAAUAGGGUUAUUGCCCUUAUAAAAAAAAAAAAAAAAAAAACAUUACUAGUAAAUUGAAAUUCUGAUUUUCUAGAAUUGUUACAACUGUCAAAUCAGAAAUAAAUUCAAAUCAAACUUGAGCUGAGCUGUAUCUGUCCUGUCAUGACAUUAACAAAAGUCUUUUUUGUAUCUUUAUCAUUUAUUUUUAGAUUUGGACCACAUUUUCUCUCAGAUUGGACCGCUGUAUGGACUUGUUCAUGAUGAACUGUGAGUUAUUGGCAACAUGCAGUGCACUGGGUUAUCUGGAAGGAGAUGUUUACCACAAAGAACCGGACUGCCUUGAGAGUGUGAAGGACCUGAUUCGAUACUUGAGACAUGAGGAUGACACAAGAGACAUCAGACAGCAGCUGGGAGCUGGACAGAUACUUCAGAAUGACCUAUUACCCAUCAUCACCCAGCACACGCAGGACAAACUGCUCUUUGAUGCCUGUAUCAGGCUAAUGGUUAACCUGACCCAGCCAGCACUGCUCUGCUUUGGAAAAGUUCCUGAUGAUCCAGCAUUCCGACAUCACUUCCUCCAAGUGAUGUCAUACCUUCAGGCCUAUAAAGAGGCAUUUGCAGAUGAGAAGAUCUUUACUGUGCUGAGUGAAACGCUCUACAACCUUCUACAGCUGGACUGGGAGCAAAGAGCCGAGGAGGAUAAUUUACUGAUCGAGAGAAUUUUGCUGCUGGUCAGAAAUGUGUUGCAUGUCCCUGCAGACCCAUAUGAGGAAAAGGUAAGAGUUUUAAGACUAAAAUAUUCAUGGGUAGGCAUGGGCCAGUUACCGGUUUCAAGGCAUAUCGCAAUUUGAAAAUUUUGCGGUUUC